AUGUCGUUGAGUCAACCGUUGCGCAAGGAUGGACAAUACACGCAAAAUGAAACGUGCGAUGGUUUGAGUGAGACACGGAUAUUCAUUCUUAGGAAUCCCAAAGAGGCAAGUGUCGACGACCGGGAUCAGCUCGACAUAUUAGGUAAUCGCACCACGACCUUUCUUCUCGCUCGUCGCUGUCGCCAUCGUUGUGCUCGCCAUCGCUUCUCGUCGCGCUCGCCGUUCUCUACGAUGGACUCCGUCACCACCACUGCGUCGCCAAGCACGUCUCUGCCGUCGUUCUCGAGCAAGCAGGAACUCAGGCCCAAUCCCCACCCGUACGCUAUCAAGACAACGUCCUCCGCGCUCCUCUCCCGCUCGAACUCAUCCCCACACGCUCCCCAGCCCGUCCGCCACCACUACGUCCCGCUCUCUCCUACACGCCCAAAGGCAAACGAAUCAAAUGGAAACCCAGACGGACGCAGACAUCGCUACUCCAAAUCGCUCUCGUCUGACUUUAGCUUUCCUACAGGCAAUAAUUCACCAGCGCCUCUGCCUGCACCGCCCUCUAUUCGCUCAUCCUCUCCCACUCGCUCUUCGUGGACGAACACCACUACCUGGGCUGCAGGAGGACCUACGGGGGACGCGUUCUCAGCUGCCGGCAUCGAGGGCGACGACCUGCCAUCUAACCCAAAGCUGUGGUCUCCCACGCAGCUGUCUGCAUACCUCAUAACCGCCCUUCGUGCAAGCGCCGUCUCAGACUCAGACGCUGUCGUUCAAGACCCUGACUUUGACGCUACUAACGACACUGCCGGAGAAGCCGGCGACACCGGCAUCUCUCCCACCGAUGCCUCCGAAAUCGCGGCAUUCGUACGGGACCAAAAGGUCACAGGAAGGGUCUUUCUCCGGUUCACAGAAGUUGAUCUUGAGAGGUGCGCCGCUGUCUCGAAUUGUCCCUCUCAAAUCUCCACGGAAAAAACACUGACGUAUUUUUCAAACCGCAGUUUUGACAUUCCUCAGAAAUGGAGAUCUGCGUUGUUGAUCUCAUCACGUCACCUCCGCCAAAACGUUCUCCGCGGCCGUAUCUGGGUCGACUCUUCUUCUCCUCAGAAUACCCUGCCCUUCUCCAGCGAGCUGUACAACUCAUCUACCAGCUCUGUGGAUCUCUCUGCGCCUCCGGCGCCGACCACGAGGCAGCAGAGAGAUCUGGCAAGGAUUCGACGCAAGGCAGGUAGGGUGAGGGGUAUGGUCGAAUCCUGGGAACGCAGCUCUGUUAGUAGCUGUGGAAGCGUCAGCGGAAGUGACGCCGAAGAAGAAAUCGAGUCAUCACGCGUCACUGCCAGUCCGUUCAAUGACUCGUCAGAUUUACCAGCGCCUGAUAGCUUUCUAUCUCAAGAUGAGAAACCUAAUCAUGCUGCAGUCAUAGCAGACGAGCCGUCUAUCGAGGACCUUCUACGCAGUCCCCCUUCCAAUGACAGUGACAUCAAAGGUGCACGUGCAUGGGAGGCCGAUGUAGGCAUGGGCGAUACCGUCAAACGUGUCGACGGUUCUCAAAGUCCUCACAAGAAGGAGCUAUCGUUUGGGCGAGGGAGUGGAAAGGGCAAGGGAACAGGCGACCGUCGAAUCGUGACUGCGAUCUUCCGAGGUCCAAAUCCAAAUGCAGUGAGCGAAGAAGUGAAUACACCCUCAGAUGUUAUGUUUAGUGCUCUCGAAUCAACGAGUAGAUCUAACGCGCAGACCAUUGAACCCGACUCUCUUCCAUCCUAUUCGGAUAUUGCUACUCUUGAUGCCACCGCCGCCGAGGCGCGCGAUAGCAAACCAGACGAGCAUCAGAUUUCCGCGCUAGCCACGGAAAUUAAUACGACCCGAGGUCUGAUAGACGAUUUCCGCACCCGCUUGGAGGCCGUUGAGAGGCAAAUACAAGAUCUGGAAACGCAAUCAGCAAAACGAGAGGAAGCACUACGCCUCGAGGCUGAGGCUUCUAAACAGUCUAGUUCUUCUGAACAGCAAGUACAGACAGAUUCGCUGCCUUCCCCGCCAACAGGCAUCGAAGCAUUCUUUUCGCUGUGCAGACCAACGGCUCUCAUUGCUCGCGCGUUAUCGUACGUUUAUCCUCUUCCGCAUCCUGCCAUUUUGUCUGCGCCACGAUCCGAUUCCCGUUCUCGCUCUCUGCAUCGUUCUUCUUCACGCAGACACCGUGGGUACACAGAACCGUCGACUGUAUCCGCUCUCCCGUCUUAUGUCCUGUUCGUUUCACUCGGAGUCUGCGCCGUUGUUCUGCGUGUCGUGCUCAAGCGUAUAGGGGCCAAACGAGUCUUGAAGUCGUAA